AUGGGCUUGUUCCUAUUCGGCCUGUUCCUCGGAGACGUCGUGAUCAACCAAGCUCUAUUGCCCGACGCACUCGGCGUGAGCGAGAGCAACACCCCUUGGCUGAUUGGGUCAUUCUUGCUGGCCAACGGGAUCGCGGUCAUUAUAUCCGGGUCACUGGCUGAUCUGUCCGACCCUAAAAUCAUGAUGGUCCUGGGCUUUGUCUGGCUUGUGAUCUGGGAUGUCGUCGGCGUGUUCAACAUCCGCCCCUCACUGGCGGUGCUGUUCUUUGUUGUCAGGGCCAUGCAGGGGCUAGCGAUUGGGGUUCUGCAGGCGACGUCCAUGAGUUUGCUCGGGCGGGUGUACUCGCCGGGGAUUCGCAAGACACGAGUGUUUUCGGUCAUGUCUGCGACAGUUCCCAUUGGGUUCUUGGUUGGGUGUUUGCAGGGAGGCGCGCUGACAGCACAUCUGCCGUGGAUAUUUGCAAGCAAUGCCAUAAUUUCCUUCAUCUGUGCAGUGGCUUCCGUCCCUGGUAUUCCCUUGUUCAGUCCGAAACACGGCCCCUCCGACGCCCCGUUAUCUCUCAAGGACUUCGAUACGCUAGGCGCUCUCCUGGCCGCUAUCGGGUGCGGCCUGAUUAUCCUCGGCUUAACCCAAGGCGUUCCCAGCGGCUGGAGUCCAUACACGUACUCACUAAUCAUAGUCGGAGUGUUCUUUCUCCUGCUAUUCUACCUGGCCGAGAGACGAGCGGCUCGACCUCUGGUGGACAACCGGCUCUGGCUCACUCCCGGGUUCCUCCCACUAGCCAUCUCCUAUUUCCUUGGGUACGGAGCAUACGUCGGCGGAUGGAUGUUCUUCGCCGUGCGGUUCCUCCUCACCAUCCAGAAUCACGCGCCCAUUACGGUUGCGCUGUACUUCAUCCCCAACAUGAUCUGUGGCAUUCUGGCCACAUACAUUGUCUCGAAAACCCUCCAUUUGUUCCCGGGUCACUGGAUCCUCAUCGCCGGCAUGGUCGCCAACACAAUGGGCCCUGUGUUUUUCAUCCCGCAGACCCCAUACACGACAUACUGGGCACUUUCUAUGCCUGGGAUUGCCCUCGUGACGUUCGGACCGGAUCUGACAUUCGCAGCGGCGUCAAUCUUCAUCACCUCCAACGUCCCCCGCUCAUUCCAGGGAUCAGCGGGCAGUUUGCUUGUGACAAUCCAGAACCUCUCCGCAGCCAUUGUGACGGCGAUUGGGGAUACGAUCGGGAAGGAAGUAACCAAAGCUGGCGGCGACGGGUAUAGCCUGGAUCUGGGUGCUUUGCGUGCGAUUUGGUGGUUUAGUUUUGCGAUCUCGCUGGCGGCGCAGUAG